AUGUCCCUGUCAUAUUGGCUGCAAGGGGUACGGGCGAACCCCCUGCUCGACCAUCGGACAACGGAGGAUUUGCCCAAGGAAGCGGAAGUGGUCAUCAUCGGGUCCGGGAUGACAGGCACACUUACCGCAUAUGAGUUACUGAAGGGCGACAACCCUCCAAAGAGCGUUCUCCUGCUUGAAGCACGAGAGUUGUGUUCUGCGGCCACUGGGCGCAAUGCUGGUCAUUGCAAGCCGGAUCAGUGGCGAGGAUUUGCAAAGUAUGAGAAGAUGUUUGGUGCCGAACAGGCCCUGAAGAUCCUAGCGAAUGAGCAAGACACUUGGGAGCACCUAGUUGCCUUCAUCCGCGAGGAGAAGAUAGACUGUGACCUAUGGGUAGGGAAGACUCUUGAUGUGGCCAUGACCGAGGAAGUCGCUGCAUUGGCCGCCGACACCUUCAACCGCUUCAAGGCAGCCGGUGGGCCCACCUCGCACAUCGAGCACAUCACAGACAGAGACGAAGCCGUCAAGCGCUCCCGCAUCAAGAAUGCCGUCUCGGUGUUCGCAUGGGACGCGUCGACGCUUUACCCCUGGAAGGUCGUCGCACACAUCAUUAAGCUGUCUUUGGCCUUGGGUUUGAACCUCCAGACGUGGACGCCGGUCACGGGUGUAGAGGCGACGCCGUCGCAAGACGGGAAGUGGGUGGUGAGGACCGAGAGAGGGGACGUCGUUACCCCCACGGUUGUCCACGCGACCAAUGCGUAUGCCGCUGCUCUGCUUCCCGAGCUGCAGAACGUCAUUCGACCGACGCCGCAUAUGUGUAACAAGACCAUCCCGCCACGAUCGUUCGCCGGGACAAAAACCCUGCAGAACUCGUAUGGUGUUCUGUGUCCGGGCGGCGCACUCUUUUCUAUCAACCCUCGAGCGAACACCGAUGGUAUAGUACUUUUUGGAGGCAGCAACCCGAACCAACACCAUCUUCUGAAGUACCUUGACGAGAACCCGGACCGACGGACGGACGAUAGCCUAUCGAAUUUCGAGCCGGUUACUCAAGCAGUCAUUGACUUCGCGACGGAGGAGUUUGGAUGGGACAAGAAGACGUCUCCCGGACAAGGCUACGACUACAGCUGGAGUGGUAUCAUCGGCCGAAGUGCGGAUGGCGUUCCCUACAUAGGACCUUUACCUGGCAAGCCUGGGCAGUGGAUAUGUGCUGGUCAUAACGGCCACGGGAUGGCACGUAUAUUCACCUCUGCGCCGGGCCUCGUAAAGCUAAUGAAGGGGGGUAGUUGGGCGGACACGGGUCUCCCGGAGUGCUUCCAGGUGACGAAGGAGAGACUAGACAAGCUAGCAAAGAUCGACUUCAAGGUACCCAUUAUCUAA